AUGACAAGUAUUAUCAAUACGACCAUUUCAUUCUUUGACACCACGCCACUCGGAAGAAUUGUGACACGAUUUACCAAAGACACCAAUGCCAUUGAUGGAGAGUUGAAUUGGAGAUUGAGAGAGAUCACACCAAACCUCAUGUUCUUUGUGGGUGGAAUGAUUUUCGUAGUAAUUUGUUUGCGAGAAUUGGAAUCCAUCGGUGGUAUUGUGAGUAGUCCUGUAAAUUCACACAUUGCCGAAACUAUUCAAGGGCUUCAAACCAUUCGAGCUUACAACAAGCAGAAGUUUGUCUAUGAUUCAUUUGUGAAGAAGGCAGAAAACGAUCUGAGAGCUAACUACAACACAGAUUGUAUUCACAAGUACUUUGAGAUUCGAAAUGAUCUGGUGUCUGCUUUGUGUAUUGCUUCAAUUAUUCUCAUUAGUGUGAUAAGUUUCCCUGGUUCCAUGGUUGGUAUGAUUGUCGUUCAGGCUUCCUCAAGCUUUGAUUCAUUCUAUUGGAUUUUGUACUUGUAUGCAUUGACAGAGAAGGACUUUGUGAGCGUGGAAAGAGUAGAGCAAUAUUCAUAUCUCGAAAGUGAAAAAUAUGAGCCAAGAAAUCCACAAGUUGAUACGUCUAAUUGGCCACAACAAGGUGAAAUUAUUUUCCACAAUGUUUCUAUGAGAUACAAAUUACACACUGAAAAGAAAAAUGGAAGCUCCACAGAGAAGAAGAGUAAAUUGGUGUUGAAAGGAAUCAAUGCCCACAUUAAGGCAAAAGAGCGAGUGAGCAUUUGUGGUAGAACUGGUGCAGGAAAGUCAAGUCUUCUUCAAGUACUAUUUAGAUUACAAGAAAUCGAGGAAGAUGACUGUGCCAAUGGAUUCAUAUCUAUAGAUGGUAUUGAUAUUCGAGAUAUUCCUUUAACCAAAUUGAGAAGCGAAAUUUGCAUCAUUCCUCAACAACCAACCUUAUUUAAGGGAACAUUACGUGAAAAUCUUGACAGUUAUGGCCAAUUUUCAGAUCGAGAAAUAUGGCAAGCAUUGGAACAAGUAAAUUUGAAAGACAAAGUUCAAAAUAUGGAAUCGAGCGAGGACGAUGAAGAAGACUCUGAAGAAAAUCCAAGUCUCUCAAAUGUGAAACGAACUGGUUUGGAUAUCCUAAUUUCUGAAAAUGGAGAAAACAUUUCAGCAGGUACUCGACAAUUAAUUUGUUUAGCUCGUGCUUUAAUGAGAAAAUGUAAAAUUCUCGUUUUGGACGAAGCAACCAGCUGUUGUGACUUGGAAACGGAUCAGCUUAUUCAAAAAACAUUACGAGAAGCAUUUUCUUCACAUUGUACUGUAUUGUGCAUUGCUCAUCGAUUGGAGACAAUUAUGGAUUAUGAUCGAGUGAUGGUCAUUGAUGAUGGUCGAGUGGUAGAAUAUGACAGUCCUCAGAAUUUAUUGAACUCGACAACUUCCUUGUUUAGUGCCAUGUUUUCACUCCCAACGAAUCCGAUUUUCAAGUACACUCUCAUCAUCAAUACCUUCAUCAUCAUGAAACGGCUUUUUCGAUUUAACAGCAUCAACGACCAAUCUCCUCCUCCUUCUUCCAACACUCCUCGAAAACGAUCGACAAGUAAUUUAAAAGCUUCAAAUCUCUCAUCGACUCUGACAUCGAGUGGAACUAGUAAUGGAGAUCCGAGUGCAUUGAGAUGUCUUUUCAAUAUUCAUAUUCAUGCAUUGGAAGAUUUCGAUUUAAUGAGCGCAGUGACAACACAUUCAUCGAUGAAUGGAGGUCGAAAUCCUUCUUCGAGCGGAGGAGAUUUACAACGUUCGAAUAGUUUUGGAAGUAUUAAUAAUAAUAAUGGAAAUCUUUCGAUCCAUGGAUUGGAGAAUGGAACGGAUACAUCGAGAAGUAACUUGUCUUCGAAUAGUGCGACUCUUUCUUCGAAUGGAAGUUUUAGAAAUGGAUUUGGAGAUGGUGAAAUUGAAUCUGAAUCGAUGGCAGUUUCGAAUGCAUUGAUGAAAUUAUUGCAAUCGAGAUAUUCCAUUCAAUGGAAAGUGUUAAAUCAAGGUGAAGAGCGUGAAUCUUCGUUUUCAUCACUCUUGAGAGGUGGAAACAAUGUCACGAUUGGUGGAACUACAGAACCUGCCAAUGUCAUUUCGAAAUCUCUUUCGAACGAUGCAUUUUUCGAUGAUUAUGAAUAUAUCAACAAUUAUUGGAGUCAAACCAACAGUUCCACACAAUCUCCAAGCAAUAGAAAAUUCAUGCAAAAUUCUUCUGGACAACAACAAGCAUCGAGUAAUUCUAGUUCUCCAACUGGAUCUAGAAAGAGUAUGAUCUAUAUGGCAGAUUUCAAAGAUUAUGAAUAUGACUUUGUGUGUGACUUUAAACCAAAAAAAGAAAGAACCAUUUCUGAAAUUGUGUCACUUCUCAAUGGAAAUAAUUCAUCAGGGGGAAGUGGUUCAGGAUCUCAAGAAGAUCCAUUCCUUCCUUUCUAUGUUAAAAAUAUACAAUCCUUGCUUGAAGAUAAACCCAUUAUAUUGGAAAUUAGAGAGCUCAAGAGCAGUGGAAGUGGUCGAGUGACAAGUGACAAACGUAGCGGAUUAAUUCGAUUGAAUCUUUCAGAUUUCACAAUUCCUCCACACAUGAUUUACCAUGGCAUUGGUUCCAUGACCAAAACCAUUCUCGUUCCAGUGGUUCUCUCUACCGAUUCUCCACAACAUUCCAAUCUCGUCUUGACUGCCAAAUUAAGAAUGCAAAUCAGUUCCAUGUGGUUGACAGAUACCUUAAUUUCAAAGGAAAGACAAAAACCACAAGCUCCAAAAUAUGACACAUAUUUCUUACUCGAUGAGAAUGAGUCAUAUAUUGUUCCAGAUUCACUUGUCAAUUCCAGAAAAACAAAUCAACCAUCCUCUCCUCCUGUCCCCAUUCUCAAAACCUCUCGAAGUAAUGGUCAACUAAACGGAAGUCUGACAAGUCGAUCCGAAACUUCCAAUAACGAAAUUGGAAUUACGAACACACCUCCCGAUUCUCCUCCUCGAAAAUCAAGCAAUUCCUCAACCGUGACCGUUCCUCCCUUAAUGGUGAAAAAAUUUUCUUCCAACAAUAAUCUUUCAUCGUCACAAAAUUCAAAUGGAGGAGUCUCAAGUCUUGGAAGUAAUAAUGGAAAUUCGUAUCAUCAUCCAACAAAUUUUCUCUAUUCUCCGACGAAACCUUUCACAGAAAAUGGCUUUGCCGUAUCCAUGCAAGUCGAACGAUUGGAUUCACACAUGAGAGAAGUUGAGGAUCUUUUGAAACGACAAUAUCAUUCGAUGAGAGAUCACGUCGAUCAUGUACAAAAAGAUAUUGAUGAUUUAUUUUCAAUUUUGGAAAUUAUUGAAGCUGAAAAACAAGGUUAUUGUAAAAUGUCCAUUCCAGAAUUUGGUUUAAGUCAAACACAUCCAAGUAGUAGCAACAGUAAUAUUAGCAGUGGUAACCUUUCCAAUCAAUUAUUACCAGGAGGCAACUUUGAUAUUGAAGACAAGUUGCAAUAUUUUGUGUUUUGUGACCUUCAAGGAUGCAAUCAAAUGUGGACUUUACCUCAUGAGGACAUUUCAAAAAGCGUCACCAUGUAUUACGAAGUGUUAAGAAAAUGUGUGAAAGAUAAUAUGGGAGUGGACAUGACACCUGCGGUCAAACACGAUGAAUUUCAUAACAUUGUCAGCGAUUCUGUUGUGUGUGCCUUUGAGACUGCCAAACAAGCUCUCAAAUUCACACUUCUCGUUCACACUAAAUUAAUGGAAGCCGAUUGGCCAGAUUCGCUUUUAACACUCGAUGGUAUUUGCACCUAUCAAAAGAAUAACAUCAAAUUACUGUAUCGAGGACUUCGAUGUCGAAUGGGAGUGGUGACACGUUCGAAAAAAUUCAAAGACAGCACACUGCAAGCUAUUAAGAGAGCAACCAUGAUUGCUCAAUAUGCACAAGGAGGUCAAACACUCGUAGAGAGUCAAGUCAUGGACAAUUUAUCACUGGAACAAAAGAAUCAAUCGACUCUUUCUCCAACAUUUAAUGAAAAUGGUAAUACUGGUGGAUAUGGAAAUAACAACACGAUCGAAUCAUUGGUGCAACGAUUGGAUAAUUGUAACAUUGAAGGUGUCACAACACCUCGUUCGAGCACGACGCUUUUUUUGGUCAUCCCAAGUCAACUAAAAGAACGAAGAUUUAAAGAGUUAGUCAAACGUGUCAAUUCCAAUUCGAAUGUGACUCAACAAGAUGAAUUCUCUCCUCCAAUUCUCGACGCGAAAGAACUUCCAUUGAAUGAAUCAUGCAUGGUCAACGUGCUUCACACUCGACUUUCACAAAUGAAACAAAAAUACAAAUCAGACAUUGAGGAUCGAUUGAAGGAAAUUGAUCAAACCAUAUUUAAAUUGAGUUCAUUGGUUGAGAACCUUUCGGAUGAAAUUUCGGAUUUGAAAGAUAUUCACACGACGAAUUUGAGGACAAAAAUUAAGAGUUUUGAAACGGAACUUUUGAAAUUGAGUAUGCAAUUGUUGGAUAUUCAUCAACAUCAUCAUGUAAAUACUUCUGUCAUGCAUCAUUCCACAUCCACGACAUUUGACAAUCAUGACAUUUCUCCCAAUGAUCACAACAGUCCUAGCCUUUUGAAACGACAUGAACCUCACUCACGAAUGUAUUCAUCCUUUAGAGAAAAACCAGUAACAGCUGCUGUUAGCACUGAAGAUUUCAUGCCUUCUGCAGAGUUGGACGAAGAUGUGACGAGUGACAAGGCCUCUCCAUCUCCACCUUUGAAGACGGCCAUGUCUAUGCAUGAUUUAAGAUCACCUCGAGCAAAAUUGAAUCAAUACUUGUUGGAAAUGUUGAAUCAUAACAAUUCAAUCAAACAAAAAAUUGAACAAUUGAAACAAUCUUCACCCCCAACACUGACGAAUAAUUAUUAA